AACGGAAAUUGAGUUUGCAUUCAUUUUGCGUCAUUGUUUACUUCUACAAUCCAACAAUAAAGGCUGACUUUGUGUGAAUAUAUCCCAAAGUGUGAGAUAUUAGUUGACGUGUCGUAUAUGGAAAAUUGAGUUAUGGCAGAAGCGGUUGACAGGCAGUUCUACUCGGUUCCGAAGGGACCCCCUGAAGAUGGCCAUGAGUUUUAUAAUGGUCUCGGGUCACAACAUUAUAACAGAGUGCCAAAUGGCUCAAGUCUUGGUCAGACCAGGGCCAUUGAGAAAGAUGCACUGCCUGCUGAAGUAGCCAAAAAAUCUUCUGAUAGUCAAUCCGGCUUGUGCGCGUACAUUGCCAAAAAUGUUAUUGGAGUUGACAAGACUUUCACCGGCCCUUUUGGCUUGCGCAAAGUGACAUAUCUGGACUAUGUGGCUUCUGGGAGAUCCUUGGAGUUUAUUGAGAAGUACAUCCAAGACGAGGUUUUGCCAGAGUACGGCAACACCCACACCACCACCAGUGUGACUUCACUCCAGACCACUUUGUUUCGGCACGAAGCUCGGGAUAUCAUUCGCAACUCUUGCAAUGCCAGUGAGCACGACUCUGUCAUCUUCGUUGGCAGUGGGACCACCGGGGCAGUGCACAAGUUACUCCACAGCCUCAAUCUCAAGCACAGUCCGAUUGUGUUCACUGGUCCAUACGAGCAUCACUCCAACAUUCUGCCAUGGAAGGAAGCUGGGGGUCAGAUUGUUCGUGUUCGAGAAGCUGCAGACGGGGGUGUUGACCUUGUGGACUUAGAAACGAAACUAAAGGCUUAUAGUGACACAGGCAGGCAGCUGAUCGGUGUGUUUAGCGCCGCGUCGAAUGUGACGGGUAUCCUGAGUGACACUGAUGCUGUGACAAUCUGUCUGCACCGACACGGAGCACUGGCAUUCUGGGACUAUGCUGCUGCUGCGCCUUACAUCAAGAUUGAUGUCAAUCCUUACAUUGGAGGACCAAACCAACACUUGGUGUACAAAGACGCCAUUUACUUCUCUGUGCACAAAUUUGUGGGAGGUACAUCAACACCAGGGGUUCUGAUAGCCAAGAAAAAUCUGUUCCGGAACCCUGUGCCUCAUGGCUGUGGAGGGGGAUCUGUCUUUUUUGUGCGUCGGGAGCAGCAGCGCUACCUGCAGGAGGCGGAGGUGAAAGAGGAGGGCGGGACCCCAGCCAUCGUGGGCUCUGUCCGUGCGGGACUUGUGGUCCAGCUGAAGGAGGCGGUAGGCUGGGAGGUUAUACAAGAGAGGGAUCUUUUGCUUCUUCACAAAGCGACACAAGCAUGGUCCGACAGUCCCAAUCUAGUCCUGCUAGGCCCGACAACGGUCCGGCGAAAACUUCCUGUCUUCUCCUUCCUGGUCCGCCACGGUCCCACAGGCCGAUUCCUCCAUCAUAACUUUGUGGCCGCGGUUCUCAACGACGUGUUUGGUAUACAGGCACGUGGAGGGUGUGCUUGUGCCGGACCCUACGCUAUGGACUUGCUGGGUCUCACUGAGGACAAGGCGAAACAGAUUGAGGAGCUUAUUGCUGAGGACAGCCGACUGGAUCGUGUGCAUCUGAGGAGGAAAGGGGAGUACUCGCACAGAGAAAUCUUGAGGCCAGGUUUUGUGCGUAUCAAUCUUCCCUACUUCCUGGAUGAAGAGUGUGUGGACUUUGUGUUGGAGGCGGUGAAGAUGGUGGCUGACCGGGGCUGGAUGCUGUUGCCUCAGUAUUUGUUCAAUCCAGAGACAGGAGAGUGGAGACAGAGAAGUUUUCAGACGUUCAAAGAUCGCAAGUGGUUAGGCCACAUUUCUUAUGAGAACGGAGAGAUGAAAUACCACACGCCCCCACAGCAUGUGAAGGGACCUCUCCCUUCCUCCUAUCAGGAUUGUCUUGAUAAAGCCAGAAACAUCUUUACUCAAGCUCAAAAGCUGAGACACAAGCUGGCCGACCAGAGCGUCAUGUUUGACGAGCACGCUGAGACAUUCCGCUGGUUCCUCUUGCCCAGCGAGGCCAAUGCCUGUCUCCAUGGGGGACAACCACGAUAUGUGUCACCUCUCGAGCUUCCGUUCUGUCCGCCUGGACUCCUAGACUGGCUUGGGUUUGUGGAAGAAUCUCUGGAGAGACGUACGGCCUCUGAGAGUGCCGAUUCGGAAAGAUCUUCUUCAGUUUCUCUACAAGAUUCUGGUACUUGUGGUGAUAAGCAUGUGAAGGGUUCAGAGAAAGAAGCUGUUGCUUCAUUCUCAAAAGGUUUUGUUGAAGUUCUUAGUGAAGGGUUCAAAGAGGACAUCCCAGCUGCUUCAGAUGGGUUUACUAAUGUGUCAGAUGUGUCGAAUGUUGAAAAUGCUAGAUUGAAAACAACAACAGAUAUCAGUGAAAAGUUGACGAAAACAGACAAUGAGGCGAAGGCUUGUGGUGAGACAGGAAGUGAGUCAGACAUGAAUAACAGCGACGUUGAAAAAGAAAAUGUUUCACUGCAACAGAGUGAGUUACAACCUUCUUCUCAUCACAGUCAGACUGAAAACACAGUCUGCCGUAUUGCUUCUGAUAAAAAUAUUUCUUCUACAAAUGCUAGAACUGGGCCAGAAGUAAACGGUGCUAGCCUUUCUCUCCCUGUCGUGCCUGGUGUUACACAUGAUUCAGCAAAACCUGAGAACUCUGUCUCUGAUCCAAAGAGUAUCAUGCGCUCAGAUGGUGAUGGUAAAGGAAAUGAUAAACAUGGCCAACUGUCUAAUGGAGAGAUACCUCAACCGGAUUCGACCAAUGAAAAGCCAACGUUUUUCUGUCCCCUCGUGAGGAAACAGAAGGACAGAGAGGUUUCUGGGAAGGGUGCAUCUACCAGCGGAGAGGGGGAGAGCCCAGUGGCAGUGAAGUGGUAUUCCCCACCGAAGCACAUCUUCAAACCGACAGUGAGCGCCCUGGAAGACUUCGGCAUGCUCCGAGAUGGUGACCGUGUGCUGGUCUGUCUGUCCGGGGGAAAGGACUCGCUCUCCCUUCUCCACACCAUGAGACAGCUACAGUUCUACACAAGGGGGAAGGGCAUUCAUUUUGACCUUGGAGCGGUGACUGUUGACCCCCAGACCCCAGCCUAUGACCCCAGCCCUCUGAAGGCCUAUCUAGCUACCUUAGGUGUCCCAUAUUUCUACGAGUCUCAAGGAAUCUUGGAGACUGCUGAGAACCUGCCCUAUGAGUGUGCCUCCAUCUGUAGCUUCUGUAGCCGCAUGAAACGGGGUCGGAUCUACGCCGCUGCCCGCAGGGAGGGAUACAAUGUCCUGGCUCUGGGACAACACUUGGAUGACCUCAGUGAAAGUUUCCUCAUGUCUUUCUUCCACAACGGGAGCCUGACCACCAUGAAGGCUCACUACACAGUCAAGCAGGGAGAUUUACGAGUGAUCCGUCCUUUUGUUUACGUUCGUGAAGCAGACCUCAGACAUUUUGCUGAAAAGAACAAGCUGCCAGUUAUAGCAGAGAACUGCCCUGCUUGUUUUGAAGCCCCCAAGCCCCUCUCUAAUCCCCCCUCCUCCCCCACCCCUUGGCAUAUACUAAAGUACAUUUUAGUGUGUGUGUGUGUGUAUGUGUGUGUGUGCAUGGGAGGAGUCCUUGUUUAUCUCUUAAUUGUCAAGUUGUCGGAGUCCAUGCAUGAAAAUUGUGUUUUGCUUAAAAAAAUGUGUGUUCUAAACUUGAACUAAUUUAUUGUGAUAAAUAAAACUGCAGAAUGCAUAUAAAUAUAAACUGAAA